AUGCUCGCUUUCCCGGUAUCUCAUCUAGACCGCGUACCAUGGGUCAACGCAAUCAUCACGCUGGAACUCACUUUGGUCCCUAGUGACGGCGUUGCACCGCGGGCUUGGUCAGAGCCUCUCGCAGACUUCAUCAUGCGUUUUCAGAAGCUAGAAUGUCUUGACUUAUAUGUUGAUACUCGACUAAAGCAAGCUGCGUUCAGUAUCCUCAGUCAAAACUUAGAGCUACCACAUCUUCGGACCUUGAAGCUUGAUGGUGUGGAUGGCUUACCAGAGGAUUUAUCAAGGUUUUUCAUCAAAAACCGAAGUACCCUUCGAGAAAUAUUUUUAGAAAUAAUUGGUGUCAGUACAAGCACAGGAGGCUCAUGGCAAACACUGCUAAGUGAAGUCCGCAAUCAACUCCAACUUACAAGACUGAAAAUGACUCAAUGUGAUGCGAAUGGGGACGAUAUCUGUUUUGCAGAGGAUUCUUUCGAUCGCUCAAACAUAAUCGAUGUGAUUGGCCAAGACACUCGUUUGCUAGGUCGACUCAUUAAAAGCAUUAUGAAAGGAACUCCAGGGCAUGAGGAAAGAGCUUCUGUUCUUGAGAUUUUUUGA